AUGCCCAAACCUGACUCCCGAAUUGCUGCCAUGAAGGAUAGGAAAUGGCGCUUUCCCAAUGUUGUCCGCCUCCAAGACUAUCUGAACACGAAGCAUGUCCGAGCCUGGGUCGGCUACUACAAGUCGGUGAAGCUCCAGUCGUUGGAGCUUGUCACCUCUCUUAUCGAGGCCGACGCCUCGCCGAAUGAGGAGGAUGCCUCAGGCGAAACCGCCUUGAACUUGGCCACGCAGAUCGGCGAUGGAAACCUCGUCAAAGCACUGAGGAGGGACAGCCACAAGAAGAAGACCCGGGAGUUUCAAAAAGGCUUGGUCACGUUGCAGAACAUGCCUUUGUUUGCCAACCUCCAUCCCUCGGAAUUCCCGCGCUUGGUGGCGGCUUGCGAAAGCCGCACCUACAGUGAAGGCCAGCACGUGAUCCCGCAGAAUCAGGCGCCUCAAGAGCUCUUCUUCGUGCUGAAAGGUCGAGCACAGCUGAUGGAGGCCGCCGACGCCCCCGAGCCCGGCAAGGUGACCAUCCUCCCAGAGGGCGCCUACUUCGGGGAGAAUGCCCUCCUAGGUGGCGAGCGGGUACUUGGCUCCGUCGUUGCCCUCACCGACCUCACGGUGCAGGUCCUCAGUCCAUCUGCACUGCGAGACCUGGGCCUGAAGAGCAGCAUCCACAAGCGCCGGAAAGUACAUACCAAGGACUUUGAGCCGUCCGAGCUGAACGAGAAGCUGCGCCAGAAGAGCCCUGAGGAGUCGGAGCUCAUCAAGUCUGCACUGAAGCAGAAUGAAAAGCUUGGACCCCUGGUGAAGCUCAUGUCUGUGGCUGACCUGGACGUCGUGACAGCAGCGGCUGUACGCGUUGAUGUCCAGCCAAAUUUCGAGGUCAUUCAGCAGGGCUCUGUCAAAGCUGACCACUUCUACGUGGUGUCUGCUGGCGAGCUCACUGUCGAGAAGGACGGGCAGAAGGUUCGACACCUUGAACCUGGAGGCUCUUGUGGUGAGCUUGCGCUGCUUUAUCGUGCGCCCAGGGCUGCCACAGUCAGAGCGCUGACGGCGGCCACACUGUUCGCCAUUCAUCGGCAGGAACUGCGAGUGGUGAUGCAAGCACCACUGAAGAAGAAGCUCGAAGGCUUUGCGACGCUGCUUGGAAGAGUCGAUAUCCUGAAGCACCUGCAAGCCGACGAGAAGGCGAUGCUUGCAGAUGCGCUCAUCGAGCGGACGUUCUACAAAGGCGAGACCAUCAUACAGCAAGGCGAGAAAGGCGAUACCUUCUACAUCCUCUACGACGGACAGGUUUCUGUCCUCGUCGACAACCAGGAGGUUGCAAAGCUUCAGGGCGCAGGACGCUCAAAGAGCCUCGAGGGGCCUUUAGAGUUUUGA